UUUAUUUGUCGUCGACGAUGAUGCUGUUGGUUCUUGCCCUAGUUGCCACCGUCACUGCUGACGUCACACAUACCACUCUCAAGUCCGGACAGUGCCUCUGUGUCCACGGGGCGGGGGUCAAUGCCAGGAACCAACCGGGAACGUCAGGAACGACUGUGAAGGCGACACUGAACUCUGGGCAAUGCUACAAGUUCCACGGCGGGAUUCUCACGAAGGGAGCUUAUAGGUGGUUCGAGCUUGAUGUUAGCGGACAGCGCCUGUGGGUGGCUGGGGUGUACUUGAACGUCGGUACAACCACCCAGUGUGCCUCCUCUGGCACCGGCUCAGGGUCGUGCGGAGACACCCAAGUAAAGGCGUGGGCUUGUGAGCUGCUUCAGCUCCACAAUUCAGGCAAGAUUGAACUGUGGAAAGUUCACCCCUCUGGUGUCCAUGACAACGCUUUCUCCUACAACAACAUCCGGGACACCUGCAACGGCCAUGCUGCAGGCAGAUCUAGCUACUCCUGCAAUGGCUGCUCAGCUCCUGGUGGCACCAUCUGCCUCAACCACGACCUCGUCCACUAUCUCAUCACUCUGGCGAGGAAAGGAUACAUACAUGUCAAUGAGAUAGCUGGUGCCUGCCACACCUGUAACUCCCGCCAUUACAGAGGUCAAGCCGUUGACCUUCACAACGGGUCAAGGUCGAAGGAAUUCCUGGAUCUUUGCUUUUCUAUGAACGGAUGGGGGCAGAAUGAAGGAGACCAUAUCCAUUGCCAAUUCGGAUACUGAUUAUAACAUAAAUGCAUACUUUUAUAUGUUAACUUUACUAUUAUGUUUCAAUAGCAACAAUAAACUACAUAUAUCUUCAA